CACAGCCUCCGCGCUUGCAGUGGUGUGUGCUUCGUUCUUUUUUCUUCUUUAUUUUAUAUUCACCUGGGGAGAGCUCCACCUUCGUGGUUACGGGCCGGUGAGUUCCUUCCACGAAAGGACUGUCAUUUCCGUCGCAACCAAGACCGAGACCGGGACCUCGCAGCAUCAUGAGACCGACCCUCUUUGUAUUAUUGGCUCUCUGUUUGGUGGCUGCGUGCAGAGCUGCCGAGGAGGAGUAUGAUUACGAGGAAGAGCCAUCACCAGUUUCGUCGACUCAAGCACCGGCGAGACCAGCUGGAAGACUUGGCAGCCUUCUAUCUCCGCGAGGGCGUGCACCUGCAGUGAGGAAGCCUGCAGCCACGACAUCAACUACACUUAAACCAGUGGAACAAUUAGCCGAUGAAGCGGACGAAAAAAAUGACGAAGAGUUCGAAGAUAGCCAGGAGCAAGAAGAAGCUCAAACUACAACAACAGAGUCGGCGAAAAAACUUCGCGCUGGUGGAAUCAGGCCAUUCAGAUCGAACGAUGACUUGCUCGCAGCUCUAAAAAGGAGGAGAGCUCAGGUUGGAGUGAUCACUCACGCACCAUCGACAACGCAAUCAUCAGUCGAACCUACCUCAUCGAAAUCUAAAUCAUCUUCAGGUGGUCGCAGCCGGAAUGGCUCAGUUGCUGAAGCAUCGUCAAGGACAUCAACUCGCGGCAAAUUCGGUGGUAACACGAGGGGCAAUAAACCUCUCCAAGAGGAGGUGGAAGAAACUCAGCAUGAGGAAGUUCAAGUCAAACCUAAACCUUAUCGCAGAGGUUGAGAGGGAACAUUUAAAUGGAAAUGUAGAAGAAAAAAACGUAACUUUAUCGUUCAAGAGAAAAAUUCAAUUUUGAAGAAUUAACAGUAAAAAAAGAGUGUUCUUUUCAAGCGUGAUUUUCCAACGAAAGUUACAAAUACAUCACUUGGUUUUUUUUUUAUAUCAAUUUUAUCCACAUAUCUCUAUUUUUUUCAUUAGCUCAUAUCUUCUUCUUCCACAACGUGAGAUAAUUGUGAUAGAAGUUUCGGAGGAAGGUCCUAAUUAAUUGCCAACUUUCCGACUGAUGUAGAGAUUCAUAAUUUCAUUGAUUAAAUGUUCGGAUAUACGUAAGAAUAAGAAAGAGUAGUUUUUUAAUGAUAAUAAUCGAGAAGGCUGAAGCUAUCGUUGAAGUAUAAACUUCCAGUACAUUAAAGUACACUCUUCGCGGUAAACACAGAUCGCUGGGGAACGUUUCGUUGACACGAUUGCCUGAGACGUUUAAAAAAAAAGAUGUGGAGCGACAAUAGCAAAUGAACGAUUAGCAAUGUAGCAGUUUGUACAAAUGAAAACACCUGUAAUUUCGCGGAACGCAUGUAUCAAUAGGUUAUUAUUUUACCAAUCACCUACCACGUGAAUUAUUGUAUAAAUAUAAAUUAACUGGUAACGAAUAAAACGGAAAAAUGUCUGAGCGAAUAAAUGAGAAUGAAUUUUUUUCUUUUC